AUGACACGAACAUCUUUCCGACUACCAGAGGCAUGCCUUUCGGCGCUUGCUCUGGCAUCUUGUGCCGCAGCACUCGUUGCGACGCCUUCUCCGAACGCGCCCACGGCCUUCUGCUCCCUCUUCUACCCCGAAGCCCAGCCGCCGACCGAUUGCGAACCGAAGCAGCCCACAACCUUUCUGGCAGCCCCGCAAGCAGCAAGAAAGCCUUCUGAUACAUCCAAGACCAAAGACGAGCCGCUCGAGGCCGCUUUUGAGGCCUUGACGGUUAUGCAACAUGAUUUCUUCAUGUCGGACCAAGGGACAUGGCCCGAAGCCAUUGACUGGACCGCCGCCGUCAUGGAGACGAUGCUGUCUGGCACCUUAACCUCGCUUUCGCAGGCCUUGGCCGUGCUUGAUUUCGGGGGCGCGAGUGACAAGGGCGCGAAGAGAAACUUGAUUGACACUUUCUUCACCCAGCUUGUGGCCUCUUAUUUUGGCCAAGACGAUGUCGCAAUCCGGCACCAGGCAUUUGACGACAUUCUCUGGGUUGUCCUCGGCUGGAUCGAUGCUAUCAAGUUCGUCGAUACCCACUCCGGACUGUUCUACCCCCGCGAGGGGCUCAAUGAGAGCGCAACUCCAGGUCUCGGAGACGCAUUGGCCAACGGCCCCUGGCAUGGGCAGUACUGGGUCCCUUCCUUUGCUCACCGAGCCCGCGUCUUCUGGGACCUCGGCUCAAAGGGAUGGGACACACGCCUCUGCGGCGGUGGCAUGAAUUGGAACCCGAGAUUGGAACCGUACAAGAACGCCAUCACCAACGAGUUAUGGAUCGCCGCCUCGAUCUCCAUGUAUCUCUGGUUCCCCGGCGACAACAAUACCACCCCAUGGAUCAACAGCGCAAGCGGCGUGAAAGCUACCCGAGAGCCCAAGUACCUUGCCGCCGCCAUUGAGGGCUACAGGUGGAUCACCGAAGUCAACAUGACCAACGAUGCAGGUCUCUACGUUGAUGGAUAUCACGUGGACAGGUCGAAGCAGGGCAACACUCAAUGUGACCUUCGCAGUGAAGCUGUCUUUACCUACAACCAGGGUGUGCUUCUAACCGGCCAGCGUGGUCUCUUCACCGCAACGGGCAGCGCAUCAUAUCUUGAAGACGGGCACAGACUUAUCCAGGCGGUCAUCAAGGCUUCGGGCUGGGAUUUGAAGCUUGAUCAGCCGGUCGACGACCUUUCGGACAGUCCCCCGGGUUACUUACCGCCCUGGCGAGGGUUGGGCCGUGGAGGCAUUAUAGAGGACUCGUGCGACGCCAGCGCCACCUGCUCGCAGGAUGGACAGACUUUCAAGGGUAUUUUCUUCCACCAUUUCGUCAUGUUCUGCCAGCCAAUCGACCCAGCCGUCAUUGAGCCUGGCAUGACGGUCAACACUCAGGCGUACGAUCAGGUCAAGACUGCUCACGCAUCGGCCUGUCAGGCCUAUCUGGGUUGGGUCCAGCACAACGCCAAGUCGGCUUUAUUGACUAGGGACCAAGAAGGCCGAUUUGGCGCGUGGUGGGGAGCGGGGGUAUUCCAGAAUGCAUUGCCGACAAUGGAGACGGACGGCAUUCCCCACAAUGCGCCAAAUGUGACCGACUACCGCAACUACGGCCUUCCUCACGACGGCGUAUGGGCUGACGGCAACCCCGACAAGGUGUGGGCCCCGAACGGCAAGGCACGCAAUGAUCAGACAAUGAGCUAUGUGUUGGUUGGUGGUCGGGAACAAUCCAGACAGCAUGUCCUCGGUGACUUAAGCGGACAGGGACCGCACGAAGAAGAAACCGACGGAAACGGAAAUGGCUUCGAACGGCGAGUGAGGACGGCGGCGGCGACGGCGACGGCGACAAGCGGCGAUCCAAAUGACCGCGGACGGGGUAGAACACCGGAGACGCAAAACGGCGGCAUGGCCCUGAUGCGGGCUUGGUGGGAACUCACAGCCGCCUCCAAUGGAACGUAUGUGAAGCAGCAGCAGCAGCAGCAUGCAAAACGAGGAUAG